UGGGCAGUGAGGGAUGGAGCAAGAUGGCGGCCUCGCCUGGCCUCGUCAGGCUAGAGCAGAGAUUAAAGGUUAAAAUAGGUGAAGCCAAAAAUCUUGUGUUGCGCAACCAUGGCAACGCUGGGCCACGAGAUGUGUACUGCACCAUCUCUUUGGACCAGGAGGAAAUUUUUCGUUCAGCGACAGCAGAAAAGACACAAGACCUCUCAGCCUUCUUUGGGGAGGAGUUCCAGUUUGACAUUCCGCGGGAGUUCCGCUUCCUCUCCUUCUAUCUCUAUGACCGUGACCGCCCAAUGAAGACAGACAAGAUCAUGGGCAAAGUGUCCAUCAAGAAAGAUGAUUUGCACAAGUAUCACGGCAAGGACCAGUGGUUUCCCAUCACACCUGUUGAUGCAGACUCAGAGGUCCAGGGCAAAGUACAUGUGGAGGUGAAGUUACUGCUUGUGGAGAUAAUGAAUGAUGGUUACCCACAACACAUGGUGUCUGUCAAGAUCCAGGAGUGCAGUGACUUGGCAAUCAUCAAUGGCUGCUGUGACCCCUUUGCCACUGUCACCAUGCACUACACAAACAAGAAGCAAGAGUCCAAGAGAACAAAGGUCAAAAAGAAAACCACAUGUCCCAACUUCAAUGAAACCUUUAUUUUUGAGCAGAGUGGCCAGCGAGGUGGGAGUCAGGACCGUGAGAACAUGUACAGCCUGGUAGAUGAGGAUGCAGGCUUCCAGGAGGUGCGUGUGGCUCUAUGGCAUGACUGCACUGGCAUGUUCGGCAAUGUGUUCCUCGGGGAAGUCAAGAUCUCCCUUGGCAGCCUCUCUCCACCUCAAGAACGCAAUGCUUGGUACUUUCUCCAGCCGAGAGACUCUGCAGGGAAGCACCACCGGGGGGACCUGGGAACCCUGAGGCUAAACCUUCAUUAUACCUCCGAUUAUGUUUUCUCUAGUCAGUCUUACGAUUCUCUUCGUAACCUCAUCCUACAAAGCGCUGCAGUGGAGCCAAUCACGUCCUCGGUGGCCUGGCUGAUGGGGGAGGUGGUAAGCCAGAAGCAGGAUGUGGUUCAGCCACUCACCCGUGUCUUCUUGCAUCAUGGCCAGGUGGUUCCCUUCAUCUCUGCCCUGGCCAAGCAUGAGAUUUCUAAAAUCACAAAGAUGGUUAAGCGUGCUCAAGGCAGAAAGAAGUUUGGUAUAAAGAACUUCAAGUCACGGUUCUUUAGACUCACUACCCACAGCCUCACGUACUCAAAGACUGUUGGUGGCCGAGCACUCUGCAGCAUCCCUGUAGAUGACAUCUUGGCUGUCGAGAGAGUGGAGGAGUCUUCAUUUAAGUGCAAGAACAUGUUCCAGCUUGUGCAGCCUCAUAGAACACUAUAUAUCCAGGCUAUGAACUGUGUAGAAGAGAAAGAGUGGUUGGAUCUCCUCACCAAAGUGUGUCUCUACAACAGCCACCGGUUGAAGCAGUAUCACCCAGGAGCAUACAUCAACUCAAACUGGUUGUGCUGCAAGGCUACAAGUGAACAAGCACCAGGAUGUAGUGCUGUGUCUAACUAUAUGGAGUGUGACUUGAAGACGCACAUAGACAGUGACAGAGAAAUGGAGCGCUUGCGGUCACUCCUAAUGGAGAAUAUGCCCAAGCUGGAGAAGCUGCACAAGGCUUGUGAAAGUGCUCAGAUUUAUGGUGGUUCACGGGAUCUCUCUGUAGUGGGGGGUGUUUUAGAUGACCCAGUUGCAUCUCAGAAGUCCAUCAACCAGGUCAUGGCCAGUGUCAUACAACUGCAACAGGAACACAAGAACCACGAACGAAAAUUUUUACGCACUGUGAGAUAUGGCUCAAAACAAGCCCCCAUUGGUGAUGACAACUACCUGCUGCUUGCCUCCAGUAAUGCGAAGUUUGAUUCAAAUUCCUCGGGGAGUGAGAUGGGGACCCCAAUCCGGAAGACAUCCAGCAGCCCUUGCUGACUCUCCACUGAUGCCACAUGCACACUAAGUUCUGUCAGAGAGCCUCAUGAGACAGCACCUACUUGUUUGGCAAGGUGACACAUGCACUGAUAGGGUUACUCUGAAGACUGGUCCUUGAAGGAUGGUGUCUUGGUAUGGGCUUUGCCCUCCUCACAUGUGAUGAGGAUAGUGAUGGGAACAAGAACCCCUGCUGGAUGGAGAGUGACUGUGGCAGGUCACAGGGGUCAGUUGCUCAUUUGGGUGAGUGUGCAGUUGUGAGCUCUUUGCUGUUGAAGAUAAAGGAAAAACGUUACAAAAGUGG